UCCUGCCAAGCUGACCUUGUGAAGGACAACGGGCACAAGUAUUUCCUUUCCGUUUUGGCAGAUCCUUAUAUGCCAGCUGAACACAGGACCAUGACGGCUUUUAUCCUGGCUGUGAUUGUCAACAACUACAACACCGGACAGGAAGCUUGCCUUCAAGGAAACCUGAUUGCUAUUUGCCUGGAGCAGUUAAAUGAUCCCCAUCCCCUCCUGCGUCAGUGGGUGGCCAUUUGUCUGGGACGGAUUUGGCAGAACUUUGACUCGGCCAGGUGGUGCGGUGUGAGGGACAGCGCUCACGAAAAGCUCUACAGUCUCCUCUCGGAUCCGAUCCCGGAGGUUCGCUGUGCUGCAGUCUUUGCACUGGGAACAUUCGUGGGCAACUCGGCUGAACGGACCGACCACUCCACCACCAUCGAUCACAACGUGGCCAUGAUGCUGGCGCAGCUCAUCAACGACGGCAGCCCCAUGGUCAGGAAGGAGCUGGUGGUGGCUCUAAGUCACCUGGUGGUUCAGUACGAGAGCAACUUCUGCACCGUCGCCUUGCAGUUCAUGGAAGAAGAGAAGAAUUACCCUCUCCCUUCUCCAGCGGCCACAGAGGGCGGGAGUUUGACACCGGUGCGAGAUGGUCCGUGUACGCCGAGGCUGCGGUCCGUCAGCUCUUACGGGAACAUCCGAGCGGUGACCACAGCCAGGAACCUGAACAAGUCCCUGCAGAACCUCAGCCUGAAUGAAGAAGCUGGAACCUCUGUUGCUUUUUCUCCUGGGAACCUCAGCACCAGCAGCAGCGCCAGCAGCACCUUGGGCAGCCCUGAGAACGAAGAGUAUAUCCUCUCGUUUGAGACUAUCGACAAGAUGAGACGAGUCAGCUCUUACUCUUCUCUGAAUUCACUAAUAGGUGUGAGUUUCAACAGUGUUUAUACCCAAAUUUGGAGAGUUCUCCUGCACCUGGCUGCCGACCCCUAUCCCGACGUCUCCGACUUGGCGAUGAAAGUUCUCAACAGCAUUGCCUACAAGGCAACGGUCAACGCUCGCCCCCAGCGCAUCCUGGACACGUCCUCGCUGACAGGAUCACCUCCAACCACGAGUACAAGCAGCUCCAGCCUGACCAACGAUGUGACAAAGCAGCCGGUCAGUCGGGACAUCGCAUCCGUGAGACCCGCCAAUGUCGGCAGCAUGGGGGUCCAGUACACUCCCCACUCCCACCAGUUCCCCAGGACGAGAAAAAUGUUUGACAAAGGGCCAGAACAGACGACCGACGAUGCCGAUGACGCCGUCGGACACAAAAGCUUCAUUUCGGCCACGGUGCAGACGGGGUUUUGCGACUGGAGCGCGAAGUAUUUUGCUCAGCCGGUCAUGAAGAUCCCAGAAGAGCACGACUUGGAGAGCCAGAUCCGCAAGGAGAGAGAGUGGCGGUUCCUGCGCAACGCCCGGGUCAGGAAGCAAGCCCAGAAGAUCAUCCAGAAGGGAAUCUCCCGGCUGGACGAUCAGAUCUUCCUCAACAGGAACCCGGGCGUCCCCUCCGUGGUGAAGUUCCACCCCUUCACGCCCUGCAUCGCCGUGGCCGACAAAGACAGCAUCUGUUUUUGGGACUGGGAGAAAGGGGAGAAGUUGGACUAUUUCCACAACGGGAACCCUCGCUACACCAGGAUCACAGCGAUGGAGUACCUGAACGGGCAGGACUGCUCCCUGCUGCUGACUGCCACGGAUGAUGGUGCCAUCAGAGUGUGGAAGAACUUUGCAGACCUGGAGAAGAACCCAGAGAUGGUGACGGCCUGGCAGGGGCUGUCGGACAUGCUGCCGACUACACGAGGUGCGUCCCUGCUAUGUUGUGUUGGGGGAGAGAGGGG